CCAGGCCCCGACCCGCCGAGCAACCCGGGCCCGGCCCGGCAGCCAUGGCAGGAGCCGGCGGCGGCGGCGGCGUGGGCGGCGGCCCGGCCGCGAUGGGCAGCGACGUGCAGUGGUGCUUCUCGCAGGUGAAGGGCGCCAUCGACGAGGACGUGGCCGAAGCUGAUAUCAUUUCAACUGUCGAAUUUAAUUACUCUGGAGACCUUCUUGCCACUGGAGACAAGGGCGGCAGAGUGGUUAUAUUUCAGAAGGAACAAGAGAAUAAAAGCCGUCCUCAUGCUAGGGGCGAAUAUAAUGUUUACAGUACCUUUCAAAGUCACGAACCUGAAUUUGACUAUCUGAAAAGUCUAGAAAUUGAGGAAAAAAUUAAUAAGAUUAGGUGGCUGCCGCAACAGAACGCCGCUCACUUCCUGCUGUCUACGAACGAUAAAACCAUAAAAUUAUGGAAAAUAAGUGAGCGGGAUAAGAGAGCAGAGGGGUAUAACCUGAAAGAUGAAGACGGGAGACUCCGAGAUCCCUUCAGAAUCACCGCACUCCGGGUUCCCAUCUUGAAGCCCAUGGACCUCAUGGUAGAAGCGAGUCCCCGGAGGACAUUCGCGAAUGCGCACACCUAUCACAUCAACUCCAUUUCUGUAAACAGCGACCAUGAGACGUACCUCUCUGCCGACGAUCUGAGAAUCAAUCUGUGGCACCUGGAAAUCACAGACAGAAGCUUCAACAUUGUAGACAUUAAGCCUGUGAACAUGGAAGAGCUGACCGAAGUGAUUACUGCCGCCGAAUUCCACCCGCAUCAGUGCAAUGUGUUUGUCUAUAGCAGCAGCAAAGGAACAAUCAGGCUGUGUGACAUGCGCUCCUCAGCCCUGUGUGACCGACACUCCAAGUUUUUUGAAGAACCUGAAGACCCCAGCAGUCGGUCGUUCUUCUCAGAAAUCAUCUCUUCGAUAUCUGAUGUCAAGUUUAGUCACGGCGGCCGAUACAUGAUGACGAGAGAUUACCUGUCCGUUAAAGUGUGGGAUCUCAACAUGGAGACCAGGCCUGUGGAGACAUACCAGGUUCACGAAUAUCUCCGGAGCAAGCUUUGUUCUCUCUACGAAAACGACUGCAUAUUUGACAAGUUUGAAUGCUGCUGGAACGGCUCCGACAGCGCCCUUAUGACCGGCUCCUACAACAAUUUCUUCAGAAUGUUCGACAGAAGCACACGGAGGGAUGUUACUUUGGAAGCAUCGAGAGAAAGCAGCAAGCCUCGGGCCAUCUUAAAACCUCGGAAAGUGUGUGCUGGAGGCAAGAGGAAGAAAGACGAGAUCAGUGUGGACAGUCUGGACUUUAAUAAGAAGAUCCUGCACACGGCGUGGCACCCUCUGGAGAACAUCAUUGCCGUGGCAGCCACCAACAACCUGUACAUAUUCCAGGACAAAGUCAACUAAGGGCGCUCGGCCCAGCUGCGGACACUGGUUUCCUCCUGCCUCGGGAAGCCCGGUCGCUUUUCCGUUCAAAGAACACUGAUGCACUCACGUCCCUCGAGGGGGAAAGGACAAACGCUAGCCUGUUUGGGGCUCAGGGGGUCCUUCUGCCUGCCCAGGCUGGUGGACAGUGCUCAAUAAAGGCCUUUAUUCAGAAUAAAUGUAUUUAUUGACGUCGGAGCCUCCCUUCCCAGUUAUAGACCAAAAAUCCAACCCUCCAGAGAAACGUCCGAGCUCCCUCUUUCUCUCUGCUGUAAGAGGUGGGCUUAUCAGAACCUAGCACAUGCUUUCUGACCAUCCGAACAUUCCUUCUCGGGCCUCCAUCUGGCUCGCGGUGGUUUUACCAUUGUAU